GCAGCCUUUGUUGCUGUGCGCGAGGACAGCAGCACUGCUGGCUGCGAACAGGAUGCUGUCGGGCCCUAAAGACGCACCGACCUAACGGAGAGAAACCGCUGCAGCAUCCUUUGUUUGCUGGAGCACAAUCACAAGAUUUACAAUUCUGUGGUGAUUCUGUGAGAGCUGAAGCUGAAGCUGCAGUCAAGAGGUGGUUGUUCCUUAUUUCCCAUCAGCCUCUGCUUUUCCUCGGGCCCUGUGGAACCGCUCGUCCACGCCACUCUUUUACUUACUUUCCAUUAUCGUUCUUUUACCACUCUAUCAAUUAUUCCUGUCCAUCGUGCUUGGAUCCAAACCUAAGAGUCACAGACCAGUCAAGACGUCUCAGUAAAGACCAGUGAAGUCAGAGCUGCUGACAGAAAACCAUCGUCUUACUCACAAUGCAGUAGUGUUUGACUGCAGCACCUCUGCAGCUCUCCAGUCCAGGCUCUGGCUCAGUUGUGGGGUUUCAUCUCAUUUUAGACUUUCUCUUCUUCACCUUUCGUCUUCAUGUUUUGGGGGUCCUCCUGUUCCCCCACCCUCUGUCAACCCCCCCGCACCUGCUGCCAUCACGGCCGGCCACCCCAGUCGCCUUGUUGCCAUGCCGACAGAGACACUGCCUCCAGACUUGCCAGAUAGCAAGGCUACUGGCUCCGCGGCGGCCUUUGGUUCUGCGGUGCCCCUCCGCAUCCUCAACAAGGGCCCGGACUACUUCAGGAGACAGGUGGAACCCAACCCAAAACGCCUCAGUGCUGUAGAGAGACUAGAAGCUGAUAAAGCCAAGUACGUCAAGAGCCAGGAAGUCAUCAAUGCCAGGCAGGAGCCAAUCAAACCGCCCGUGCUGGCCAAGCCUCCCAUCGGCCACGCCUUGCUGUCCAAGAGAGGCUCUGGAAUGAGUGGAGGUGGAAAUGGAGGAGGGAUACCUUUGAAAGCUUCCAAUAACAACGCCAAAUCAGACACAUGUGCAACAAGCUGCGGCGGCGGCAGCAGCAAGCGGGAGAAUUUAAACCUGGAGAUCUUGAAAAAUCUGCUAAACUCAUCGUCCUCUGGAGCAGGAUCUGAAGGACGAGGAGGUGGAGCUAAAAGUGCUGUCAUGAAGAGGUCAUCGGGAGUGGUGACCAGGAGCUGGGCACCGUCAGGCUGCGGUCUCCCCAACGUGGUCUCUGAUUGGCUGAAUUGUCACAGACUUGGAUCAAAUUUCCAGCACACUGGAAAUGAGAUCGGGGUCUGCGACUUGUUUGGGAGGCAUAGGAUACCGUUAACGUACCGAUCUACAACCACACUUAACGAGGAGCCACCAGACUUGGCACCUAGUCCAAGCACCUCACAUUCUCUGCGCUCCUUCUCCCGCUCCCUGAAGGUCCCACCAGUCAACAGUGGGGGGCGUCGUAGUCCACAGCAGGGAGGAAACCUCAACCUCAGCAGACGAGUCUUGGAUGAAAGAGGAGGUGACGGAGGAGCUGUUGGACGCUCUCGCUCUCCCCUGCCGCCUCUACUCACCUCCCACUCCUCCUCUGACCUCCUGCGACUGUGCAAUGGCAAACCACUUCGUGCGGCUCGAUCCAGCAGCUCAUCGGCUCCGCCCCUCCCUCCGAAACCCAACCCAGCUUCUCUCCCCCCCCCUGCUCUGUCCUUGUCACUGCUUCCCCCUCGGCCAACUCCAUCCCCUGCUCCCUGUGAUAACGCCACCCCUCAGUCGCUAGCUUGUGAUUUCGCGGAGCCUUCCAGUGCCUCCAUCGAUCCCAACGUGGAGCUGGAUCUCGGGCCGUCCACGGCUCGUCGCUCCUCGCUACACAGAUCAAAAUCGGACCUGUCAGACCGAUACGCCCGGGCCGGGGCGGACGUGGAACGCUUUUUUAACUACUGCGGCCUCGACCCUGAGGAGCUGGAGGCCGUCAGUCCGGAGAACUUUGCUCGAGCCAACUCGGACAUUGUCAGCCUGAACUUCAGAUCGGCUUCGAUGAUCUCGUCUGAGUGCGAUCGGUCACGGCGAUCCUCCAACGAUGGCGUGUCAGACGGGGAGGCGGAGGACGAGGAGGAGGCCGGGGAGCGCGUUCCCUACGGUAUCUCAGCUGUGGAGAGAAACGCACGAGUCAUCAAGUGGCUGUACAGCAUCAAACAGGCAAGAGAGACUCAGAAAGUGUCGCAUGUUUAAGGAGAGCACGACAGGCGAAUGGACAGUCAACGUGAAGAUAAACUGAAAUUUACUGACAAAUAAAAUAAAACCAACAGCUGGGUUUAACAAAGCUAGAUAAGAAAACAGACGGGUUUUAGUUUUAAAAAAUAAAGCGAUGAAAAAGAACUAAUCAUCCGAGUAACACUGAGAAGAAUGGAUGGAUAGGAACAACAGAACUUAGUGUCGGUUUGUUUUGAAGAAUAAGUAAAACUGUCACUCUGUCCAUGAACCCAUAAAGCACCUGCUUCACAACAGAGCAUUACAGAGAACAGUUUGUCUCGUCUAACAUGUCUGACCAUUUAAUUCACUGUCCUUCAAGUGGUUGUCACGCUUGCCUUUGCAGCAAGAACCUGGAGUUUGCACGUCCUCCUCGUGUGUGCUCGGGUUUCCUCCGGUUUCCUCCCGCAGUCCAAACACGUGCAGAUGUGGGGAUCAGGUCUCUAAACUGACCGUAGUUGUGAGUGUGAAUGGCUGUUUGUCUCUAUGUGUCCCUGUCCGUCUGUCCAGGGUGUACCCCAAGUCCCCCAUCACAUGGUGACUAACUGGUACUGAACGUGUGUUUCCACUGAGUGGAGUUCAGUCAGUCAGUCAAGUCACCAUUGAAUGUUCAUGGUCUUUAUUGCGUCCCAAUACAGAUGCUUAUGUUUGGCGUCCAGGCUUCAACUGACUCACUCCCUCCAGAUACUUGAUGUUACAUCGACUUAUCCGGGAGUGAUUAGUAGCAAGCAUCACAAACCCCCCUGAGGCCUGCAGGUGGAUGCUGGGUAAUCAUCCCAUAUGGUUUCAGUAACACACGGGUGGGGCCACCAUUGUCACCCUGAAUAUGUCCCUCAUGGGGCCCACAUGGACGUGCUGGCAGGGUAGUGAUUAGAGCUGAAACAAUUAAUCAAUUACUAAAUUAAUUGACAACUAUUUUGAUAAUCCAUUAAUCGGUUUGAAGCUUUUUUCUUGAUUAAAACAAGAUUUCUGAUUGUUUAAGCUUCUUAAAUGUGAGCAUUUCCUUCAUUUCUUUGCUCUGGAGAACAAAGAAAUCAUUAAAAGUGAAUCAUUUGGGUUUGUGGACAAAACAAGACAUUUGAGAACGUCGUCUUUUCCAGGUUUGACGAACGCCGAUCAACAUUUUUUAAGGUUUUCUGAUAUUUUAUGGACCAAAGGAAUCAUCGAGAAAAUAAUCGACAGAUUCAUCAAUUAUGAAAAUAAUGGUUAGUUGCAGCUCUAGUAGUGAUGCAGUGUGUGCUCCGAGUACCCCACUGUUAAACUUUUUCUGUACAACAAUUCCAACACUGUGUAAACUUACAAUAUAGAUCAGAUUAUUCUGUAUCAGAAUAUUAUUUGACCAUUUUAAUUAUUUUUCAUUAUUAUCUAAACAGAUGUUUGUGUCGUGAUCGAGGAUAUAGUGCCACGUCCUGGGCAGAGCCAACAUUUAUGUUCCGGAAGUUAAAAGUAGAGGAAGUGAAGUGAAACAGAAGCUGAGCCUGUGGUAAUGGUUUCCACUUUUAUUCCGACAUCUGUCUCUUCCCCCCCCCCCCCCUGCAAGUUUGAUGCAUAUGGUUAGUGUAAUCAUUCAUCGUGUGCUUGGACUGGGGGAAAACACACAUCCUUACUUCAGAAUGCUUCAUUAACCUGUGACAUGGAAACGUAGUUUCAGUGAAAACAUGGCACACUGUAAAAAAAAAAAAAAAAAAUUUAUUUUUACGGUAAAACAACUGGCAGCUGUGGUUUCCAGAAUUCUACCGUAAUAAAUACGGUAGAACUUUGUCUUACAUAAAAAUAUGAAUAACAUGUUUUUCCAUAUUCUACCAUAUAAAUAACAUUGUUUUUAAUUGAAAGUAACAAUGUUUUAGCAAAUAUUUAACGUGAAAAUGCCGAAUAAGUAAAGGAUUUCCCCAUAAAAUAAAACAGCAUUUAUUAACAUAAAACACUACUUUAUUCAGUAAAAAAAACAACUUGUUUUUACAGUAAAAACAGACAGCUGUGGUUGCCAGAGGUUUUGGCUCUUAUAAAUAUUAUGGUAUUUUUACAUAAUUAGCACAAUGGUUAUUAAGUUUAACAGUAAGAAAAUGUAUUUUUUUACAAAAAAAACCUGCAAAAGGAUAUUUCUGUAAUUAAUUCGGUGCAAUUAUUUAACAGUAGAUUAAUGUAAUUUUUCCAGGAAAAAAUAUGCAAAAAUUAUUGUUUCGGCAACUAUAUAUUUUUACAGUAUUUCACCGUUACAAAUACUGUAAUUACCUCUUUUUAAGUUUACGGUCUUUUUCUGUCAUGGUUUGACAGUUUUUCACUGUAAAAUCUACAGAUUUUUUUUACAGUGCAGUCAGGGGACAUGGGGAAAAAACUGAUAAGAUAUUAUAUUAAAUAUUACUUUAAGAUUAAUAAAAUCUACACCAACUUCAGACUAUGUCACUGAAAACAGCCAUUACCUUGGUAAUGUGCUGGGGGCGACAGUAGCUCAGUGGUUGUGGGUUUGAUUCAGGGCUCUGCUGCUCUAUGUGCCAAUGUGUCCUUGGGCCCCGUGUCAAUGGGGUAUGAAAGAUGAGUGAUAGAAAAUGCACUGCACAUAUGCAGAGUAACGCAGUGUUGAGUGGUCAUCAAGACUAGAAAAGUCCAUUUACCAUUCUGCCCACACCAAAGUCCCAGGGAUUGUCCAUCACGACACACAAUAGCUGUUGAUCCAGUGCUGCCUCCAUCACUUAGUUCAAAGGUGUUAUUUUGUAACUUCUACAUUUGAAAUCUGUUGUCCAGACUUCAAUGACAAUAACUUACUAAAACAAUGCAGACGGAGAUCUGAAAAUCCUGUGUCUUUUGUGUGAGAGAAACCACACAACCAUUUCUUAAUCAGAUGUAGAUGAGCCUUUUGUUAGGUUCCUAGCAUGUUCCCACUGGCAGCCAUGUUUUUGAUGAGAGCACAAAUUCCUGUUUCAUGCCGGCUCUUGGCACAGGAAGCAAGUACGCCUCAGUGUGAGCUGACUCUUCGGGGAUGACGCUCACUUGAUGUUUCUAACUCAAACAAGUAAAACAGUGGAAGUUUGUCUUUAAAAGUGUAGCCACACUUCAGACUCGCAGGCCAGUAACUCAAUAACACAUAAGUCUUACAUGUUAUGUGAAUUAAAAUAUUGUAUCAAGCGUGAAAGUAGCCAGAAUUGUCCUUUAAAACAUAUUUAAAUGAAUUAUUCAUUAAGAUUGAAGUGAAUCCAGCCUGGAGAGAGACUUUUCGUCACUCUGUCCUCAGCAUGUCCAACACCUGUCAAACACUGUGACCUGCCAUUCUGUCACUUGCUUCUAGCCCCUGCCACAGCCCAGGAAACCCUGUAGCUUCUCACCAUCAGCAUUAAUAAAGACAGCAUCGUCAUAUUUCAGUGUCUGUCUCCAGUGUUUGUGUGUUACUUUUUCCUUGACUGAUAAGAGUUCUUCUGUGAGACCUCAUUUGUUUUACUUUUUUCUUUCAUGUGUAUAUGGUGUAAGAAAAUGUAAAUAAAGCCAUGUGUUGGAUUUCA